AAAUGUCUAAUAUCUUGACGAUACAAGGAACAAGACAAUUGAGCAAUGGCUUCUAAACAAGAGGCUAGCAGCAAGUCAACCAACCCAGCACUGGAUCCGGAUCUGGACAACCCGGAUCACCCGGGUCUGGAGUUUGCCCAGUUUGCUGCAGGCUGCUUCUGGGGAGUGGAAUUGGCAUUUCAGAGGAUUGAUGGAGUAGUGAAGACGGAGGUAGGCUACUCUCAGGGCCAUGUCCACGACCCAAAUUACAAGAUCGUUUGCUCCGGAACCACCGACCAUGCAGAGGUGAUUCGGAUCCAGUUUGACCCGAAUGUCUGCCCAUAUACCAAUCUGCUUUCUCUCUUUUGGAGUCGCAUUGACCUCACCGCUCUAAAUCGCCAGGGUAAUGAUGUGGGGAAUCAAUACCGCUCAGGAAUAUACUACUAUAAUGAGGCUCAGGCUCAACUCGCAAGGGAAUCAUUGGAAGCUAAGCAGAAGGAAUUUAAGGAUAAGAAGAUUGUCACAGAAAUUCUUCCUGCAAAGAGAUUUUAUAGAGCUGAAGAGUAUCACCAACAAUAUUUAGAAAAGGGUGGUGGCAGAGGUGCCAAGCAGUCAGCUGCAAAGGGCUGCAAUGACCCAAUAAGGUGCUACGGUUGACAUAGUUGGUCUUUGUAGCACAAAGCACGUAUGAAAGAAUUUGAUGGGCCUUUGUCUUUGCUUAUUCCUACUCUUAAAUAAAUAUGUCAAUUGUAUGUCAAUGGUUCUUGAUUUUUCUUAGAAGUACUUUGUCUGUUGAAUGGAAAUUAUUGUCCUCUUGGUCUUUAUA